AUGUCAUCCAAAAAACGUAUGAGAAAUGAAUUACGUUAUUUGACAUUUAUUGCUCUUGAUACUGAUCGAUGUGAACUAGUUGUUGAAGAUCGUAGGAGAGCAUAUUGUGAUAAUUGUGAUAGUAAUGGACUUGAAAUAAGAGGAGGUGUAGGUCUAUUAAAAAGUGUAGAUGUUCGAAUACGAAUUAAUCGAAUAGUUAAAGAUGUUAUUUGUUUUCAUGAUGAAGAUUUUGAAAAAAUAGUUGAACGAUUAAAACUAGAUAUAUAUUAA